AAAUUUUCGGCUAGCCAAGCGUCUUGAGCGCACCUGAAAAUUCCCGAAAUUUGUCUCGCUCGGCGGUGAAAGUCCGGUUCGAUUCCAGCUGCCAUCGGAGGCGUCACCCGCGGGAACCGUUUUGUGAUAUUAAUCGAGGGAAUCAUGCGUCGACGAGGAGGAUUCCGUCGUAGUCGCAGCCGAAGUCCGCGCCGCGGUGGAGGGGGAGGCUACCAGCGGGCCAAGCGGAGCGAGUACGGGAAGGAGAUGCUGCUGAAGGCGGUGAAUUGGCGGGAUGUGAAGCUGGAACCGGUGGUGCGGUCCACGUAUCGUGCGGUCGGGCAUCGCCGUUCGGAACGGGAGCUGAGCGAUUGGCGCAAAAGCAAGGAGAUUACUAUUAAGGGGCGGGACUGUCCGGAUCCGAUCUUUACGUUUGAGGAUUCGGGCUUCCCGGCGGAAAUUGUCGAUGAAAUGCGUUACGCCGGGUUUACGGCGCCGACGCCGAUUCAGAGUCAGGGUUGGCCGAUUGCGUUGUCCGGUCGGGACAUGGUUGGCAUUGCGAAGACCGGUUCGGGGAAGACGCUGUCGUAUUUGCUGCCGGCGAUGUUGCACAUCGAGCAGCAGUCGAGGAUCCGCCGCGGGGAUGGUCCGAUAGCGUUGAUUUUGGCUCCGACUAGGGAACUGGCCCAGCAGAUUAAGCAGGUCGCGGAUGAGUUUGGCCGGCCGGUUAAGAUUAAGAACACUUGCCUGUUUGGGGGUGGUGCCAAGAGGCAGCAGAGUCAGGACUUGGAGUAUGGCGUUGAGAUUGUGAUUGCCACUCCUGGCAGGUUGAACGAUUUCUUGUCCUCGAAUCACACCAACUUAAAACGGUGCUCGUACUUAGUGCUAGAUGAAGCCGAUCGGAUGCUGGACAUGGGUUUCGAGCCGCAGAUUCGUGCGAUUAUUGGACAAAUCCGUCCGGAUCAUCAGACGCUGAUGUGGUCGGCGACGUGGCCGGAUGCGGUCGCCCGGCUCGUUAAGGACUAUCUCAAGGAUUAUAUCCAGAUCAACGUGGGCUCGCUGAAGCUGGCGGCCAACCACAACAUUCUGCAGAUCAUUGACGUGUGCCAGGAGUUCGAGAAGGAGGCCAAGCUGAGCAUUCUGCUGCGCGAAAUCAUGGCCGAGAAGGAGUGCAAGACGAUCAUCUUUAUCGAGACGAAGAAACGCGUUGACGACAUCACCCGGAAGGUGACGCGGGACGGCUGGCCAGCGAUGUGCAUCCACGGCGACAAAACGCAGCGCGAUCGCGAUAACACACUAAAGUCGUUCCGUUCCGGCAAGACACCGAUUCUGAUUGCCACCGACGUUGCGGCUCGCGGACUAGACGUGGACGACGUGAAGUUUGUCAUCAACUUUGACUAUCCGACCACCUCGGAGGAUUACAUUCAUCGCAUCGGGCGCACGGGCCGCUCCAACAACACCGGCACGGCGUACACCUUCUUCACGCCACAGAACGCGGCCCGCGCCCGCGAACUCGUCGAUGUGCUGCGCGAGGCCAAGCAGGUCAUCAACCCGAAACUGCUCGAAAUGACCACCGGACGAUUCCGGGGCAGAGACAACCAGCACGUCAACUCGCGCUACCCGCGCGAACGUCGCUCGCGUUCCAACGAUCGCCGCGGAGUGUACCGCCGUCGGUCGUACACCCGCUCCCGCUCCCGCUCGCGCUCGCCCCGGUCGCGCACUCGUUCCGCGUCGCCGCGCUUCUCCAAGCGGGACAUCUACCGCCCGGUCCGCCGCAGCAAGUCCCGUGACAGUCGACGUAGCCGAAGUCGCAGCCCGGCACGUCGCAGUCCGGCACGUCGCCCGGCACUGGCUCGUCCAAGCCGCAAAGCGAGCAGCCGUUCCGCCAGCCGAUCUCCGCCGCCACGGCGCGAUGAACGGUCCACGCGGGACGAACGCAGUGGACGCGGCGACGAUAGGGGCGGACGAGGAGCCGACCGGCAAUCACCGGCGGCGGCACGGACCGCCAGAAGUGGAUCGCCAGCUGGGGGCGCCGCCGACCGGAAGCGCAACGGACGGAGCCGAUCGUCGAGUGUGCGCAAGUACCGGCGCGGCAGCCGCAGCAGCCAUAGUCGCAGCCGGAGCCGAAGCCGAAGCCGCAGCCGUGAGGGAAGGUUCCGUUCGAACGCCAAAAACGGCAGCAACGGGUCCAGCUACCGAUACUGAGAGGAGGAGGAGGAGGUGCGACGUAAUCUUACUGGAUAGCCAGAAGUAUCCAAACAGUAGAACAAUCCCCAAACAUGCUUUUAUCGUAAUGUGUAGUAGUACUUCCCGAACACCCACAACAACUCCCCUCUAUUCGGCGAAGCAGAUGGUGUUUAAUCUUAAUUCUUUAAGCAUCAACUUAUUAAAAUUGAUUUUUUACGCGUAGAGAUAAGUUACAACCAGGAGGGUCAACCAACUCUUUGGGAAGGUAUUUUCUUGUUUCCUCUUUGUACAUGCGUUCAAGCUUGAUUGACAACAUAAUUACGAUUGAGUUUUGUAAUCUGAAAAAAAAAAAUAAACUUAGUUUGUAACCGUCUCCACUAGGCCUCGCUUGAAUUAUGUGUACCUUUCUUUCAUUAACACCAAUGAAGCUGAAUAAAGUGGAUUUUCCCAAAUAAA